AUGGCCUCGUCAACUCAAUUCCAGAUCAUCAUUGUGGGAGGCGGUAUCGCCGGGCUGUCGGCCGCCAUAGCCUUGCGAGCACCAGGCCGCCAAAUCACAAUACUCGAGCAGUCGCGACUUCACUCUGAGAUCGGUGCGACGAUCUCGCUGCAACCCAAUGCGUCCAAAAUACUGCGAGACUCCUGGAAACUUGGCAAAGAUGAGCAAAAGAUUGCGAGAGGAAUGGUCGAUCGAGGAUUCCGAGUUUAUAAUCCCGAAGCCGAACUGGUAAACCAUAUACCAUUACUUGAAAAGCAGGAGUAUGGUGCAGACAGAAUCAUGUACCACCGACAAGACCUUCAUGAAAGCUUGAAGCAGGCAGCAACAUCUACUAGACGACAUGGACCACCAGCAGUGAUCAGAACAUCUUGUCGAGUGACAAAAUGCGACUGCGAAGCUGGCGUUGUGACGCUAGCAAGCGGCGAAAAGUUGAAAGGGGAUCUAUUGGUGGGAGCGGACGGUAUUCACAGCACAAUCCGACAGUUCGUGCUAGAUCAGCAAAUCGUUCCCAGGCCGACUGGUCUAUCUGCAUAUCGUCUCAUGGUCCCUAGCGAGAUUCUUGAAGAGCAAGCCCCGGAUUUCUGCAAGAACAUCUCUCCCCGAGAGCCUUUCACUUCGAUGAUAAUGGCACACAGCUGUCGACUGAUCAUGGGACCUGCUCGUGAAGGCGACAUCUACAGCAUGGUGGGCCUUGUCCCGGACGAGAAGAUGAACGAAGACCCUGACAGCAAGCAAUCGUGGGUCUCUCGUGGACAUUUGCACAAGAUGCUGGAGACGUAUCACGAGUUCCCAGAGUGGAUCAAGAUCGUAUUUAAGCUGGCCCCUGAGAUUGGACUCUGGCAGCUUCGCGAUACUGAUCCACUGGAAACCUGGACGAAGGGCAAAGUAAUUGUUAUCGGAGAUGCCGCACAUGCGAUGUUGCCCACGCAAGGCCAAGGCGCUAGCCAAACCGUUGAAGAUGCAGAGGCUCUAGGAGCUUUCUUUGAGGACAUCGCCGACGUUCCAGAUGCAGAUCAGAUUGCAAGCAUUCUAGGACAGAUCUUCCGUUGUCGUUUUGAGCGAGCCAGCUUGAUUCAGAAGUACAGUCGAGAUGUAGCCAAGCCAGCAACUGAGAAGGGCAGCAAUGAAGUCAAGAUGCGGACAGAUGAGUUCAUGGACUACAACUGCUUGUACUGUGGUGCCAAGGAAUGGCAGAAGGGGCAGAUAAUGCAAGCAAGUGCUUGA